AUGGGAACAUAUCAAACUAAUUUAAAUAUUACAAAUAAAGAAUUAUUGUCAUCCCAAUCAACAUCAUUAUCACCAUCGUCUUUAACAUUACCAGUAUCUUCAUCACUCACAUAUCGACUAAUUGAACAUAAUAAUAAUGACUAUGAUUAUUAUAAUGAGGAUAACAAAUUAAUGCAUCAUGCUCAAUUGAAUUUAUUAAAUAAAAUAAAGCCAUUAACAACAACAACAACAGCAAUAACAAAUACUGAUGUUACGAAAAGUCUUCCAUUUACCAAUAUACUUUCAGAUCAAUCAAAUAUGAUAAGUAAUAAUAAUAAUAUUAAUGAUCAAUUUGAUGGUACAAAUGAAUUAAAUCCAUUAUCUUUAUUAGAAAGUGCAUGUUCAUUAGCCUGUGACUAUUCACCUUUCUUUGCAUUAACAAAUUCAUUACAUAAUUUUAAACCAGAUAAUAUUAUUACAACUAACUCAAAUUCUUCAAUAAUAACUACAACAAUGACUAUUACUCCCAAUAAUAAUAAUAAUAAUAAUAAUAAUACAACUCGUAUUCAUUAUCCAACUAAAGAAUUACAAAUAUUACAUAAAAGUAAUAAACGUAAUACAGGAUUACGUAGUCGUUUUAAAUCUACUAUAAAAAACCAAGUAAUAUUUACAAAUCCCACUAAAAAUAUAAUUGAUCUACCAUCUUGUGAUAAUCAGGAUCAACAACAACAAACAUGGUCAAAUGAUCUCAAUAAUAAUCAUGAUGAGAAUUUACUAAAAUCACAUGAAUUAUCAUUAUUAAUAAAUAAUUCAGAUAUAAUAACUACAACAUCAUUAUCACAAAAUCUUUUAAAAUCAAAUAUUAUGAAUAAUAAUACAUUGAAUCAUACUACUGAUAUAACUUAUACUAAUAAUAAGACUACGGAGAAUUUGACUAAUUCUAAUGUGAUCCCUGAUAGUAUACAUUGGUUGCCUAAUAGUAUAUGUCGAAGAGAUUACAAUACAUUAUGUAAUAAUGAUCAAUUAACAAAUUUUUGUAGAUUUUCACCAUCUUCAAAUUCAACUAAUUAUAAUUUACAAAAUUCAGAUGUUAUACCUCUAUAUAUUGAAUCAAGAAAUUGUGAAAAUAAUAUUGAACAUCCACAAUUUGAUACUGACUUAUUAAUGAAAUGGAAAAAUGAUGAAAUAAAUAAACAUGAAAGUAACUGUAAUCAUAAUAGUAAUAAUAGUGAAUAUUUUGAUAAUGACAAUCGGCAUCUAGUAAGUACCACUCAAGAUUAUUUAGAGACAAGUGAAAAUAUUUUAUCAACCAGAGUCUAUAAACAAGAGUUGAUUUCACAUAAACAAAACGUUUCACAUAGUAGCUUAAUUCAUUGUAAUUCUCUUGAUGAAACUUGUGAAAAUAAGACAAAACAGUCUGUAGUAAAUUUACAAGAAAAUAGUUUCUCAGAGAUGAUACUAAAACAACAUGGGAGUUAUUACGAGAAAAUAAAAACACAUAGUAUACAACAAAGGAAUAUAGAAGGAGAUAUUGAUCAGCGGAGUGAUGCUUUAUAUAAUUCAAUGAAUUUAUCUUAUGUUAAUAAUUCUGAUUCGUUUCCUAAUUUAACGACGGAUCUAAAUAGAAUUAAAACAUAUGUGAAACCACCUGAUAAAUUACUGCAUUAUUCAACCUCCAAUGAUAAUAAUUUAUCUAAUUUUGCAAUCCGUUCAAAUUCAAACUUAUUUACAAUGAAUAGUAUAAAUAACAUUUCUAACUCAAGUGUAGAUACUGAUCAGAUAAGAAUAAUUCCAGAUGAAUUCUCAAACAAUCUUAAUACAUUUUCGAGGGGAUCAUCAGUUAAAACAUCAUUGCCUAGUUUAUCACAAACUACACCAUUAACAGACCCAUCGAUACAGAUGAGUGGGAUUAAUUUCAACAACGAAACUUCUAAUAGUCGUAUAAAUAAGACAGAUUAUUUCGAUUCCGCUGUUAACGAAUCUUAUUUACCGACAUAUAUGGAUCCUAUUCAAAAAUCUGUAUACUGGCAACAACAAGAACGUCAUCAUCAGAAAGGACAUGAAUCAGAUCAAUAUAAUCAGCAAAUUAAUCUACUGACUUCGACCAAUUCCCUAAAUAAUAUUUCUCGUUCAGAUUCAAACAAAGAAUCCUUACUUCAUAAACAUGAAUUAAAAUCUAAUAUGAUGUUUAUGAAUCAUGUUAGUGAAUUAAUGAAUGUAUAUAAUAGUAAUGGUAAUAAUAAUAAUAUACAACCCGCUUCUAUGGAUAUAGUAACGAGUAGUAUUGGAUUUAAUAAUAAUAAUAAUAAUAAUAAUAAUAAUAAUUUAAAUACAAUUUUAAAUGAAAAAUCAAAUCUACAUCCAUAUGAUGAGCACCAUUUUAACACACUUUUACAUAUCAGUCCAAAUGUAAUUGAAUCUUCAUCAUGUUUGUUUGAUUCAUUAGCAUAUAAUCAAAACUCAGCAGAUUUUACCAAUAAUAAUACUGAUAAUAAUAAUGUUGUUUGUCAUAUAAAUUCCAUAUCAGAAUCAACUCCUAGAAUAAAUGAUCAUAUACCAGCUGAUUCUUCAAUAUCAAUCAUACCAAUUUCAUCAUCCUCUUCUUCUUCUUCAUUAUCAUCGUCAUCAUCAAGUAUGUUCACUGGAAUGUUACAACAAUUAGCAUUACCAUCCAAUUCAUCUUUAUCAUCAAUUUCUUCUAUUACACACACAACAUCAACAAUAAAUGCAUCAAUUAAUUCAUCAUAUAAAUUACUUCCAUCAAUAGGAAAAUAUCAACCAAAUAUAACAUCAGAAGAAUUUAUCAAUAUGACAGAAUCAUGUUCACCAUCUUCAACAUGUAUUUUAUCAAAAGUUCAUGGAUUCAAUGAAUCGCUAACAACUAGGAAUGGAAUUGAUUAUUUUCAAAAUAAUCAAAUUGAUGAAACAAUGCAUACAACCAACCUUGGAAACAAUAACCAUAAUAACAAUACAAUUACAAAUGAUAAUAAUAAUAAUAAUAAUGAUAGUAAUAAUAAUAGUAAUCAUAACAAUACUAAUAAUAAUACAAUAAUUCCUGGAACUGGUGAUUAUCCAUCAGCUGAUGAUUUAGAAAUAUUUGCAAAAAUGUUUAAACAACGUAGAAUUAAAUUAGGUUAUACACAAGCUGAUGUUGGUUUAGCAUUAGGUACAUUAUAUGGUAAUGUAUUUAGUCAAACAACUAUAUGUCGUUUUGAAGCUUUACAAUUAUCAUUUAAAAAUAUGUGUAAAUUAAAACCAUUAUUACAAAAAUGGUUACAUGAAGCUGAUUGUUCAACUGGUACUACAAAUAAUCUUGAUAAAAUUACAACACAAGGACGUAAACGUAAAAAACGUACAAGUAUUGAAAUUGGUGUAAAAGGUAUAUUAGAAAAUCAUUUUAUUAAACAACCAAAACCAUUAGCACAAGAUAUUAUACAAUUAGCUGAUGUAUUAGGCUUAGAAAAAGAAGUUGUACGUGUUUGGUUUUGUAAUAGACGACAAAAACAAAAACGUUUAAAUCCUUUAUUACUUGGUUCAGCGUUUGAUUCAAAUGAAGAUAGUACAUGUAGAAGUGAAAAUAAUGAUGAUAGUUAUGAAGAUGAUGAGGAGGAGGAUGAGGAUGAUGAAGAUGACGAAGAAGAAGAAGAAGAGGAGGGAGAUGAAGAAAGACAUGAUCCAUUAACAGAGAAUAAUAACAAGAAUAAGAUGUGUAAUGGUAACGGCAAUAAUGAUGAGAAACAUCUUGAUGUUAUUAAAAAAGGAAAACAAACUACUGUUGAUCAUGUUGAAGAUAAAAAAUAUUUACAAAAUGAAAGGAAUAAUGAUAUAAAUUAUAGAAAAUCAGAGAAGAUUCUAGAAAAUGAAUAUAGUUUAUUUGAAAAUGAAAACAAUUCUGAUAUAUGUAGUAAUCAGUCACUCCGAAAUAAUUCAAUAAAACGUACUAAACGUCGUUUAAAUCAAUCCCUUAAUCCUAUAAAUUUUAAUUGUAAUUAUACUAAUGAUCACUCAUUAAAUAAUUCUGUUCAUGAUUUAUAUGGAAUGACCCCUUGUUCAUCGUCAUUAUUAUUAUUAUCAUCAUCAUCAUCAUCACCACCACUAACAACAACAACAGGAGUAAUACCGUCAUCUUUACUUCCUUCAUUACAUUCUACAUUUCAUAUAAGUAAUUCAAAUCAACUAUUUCCUUCUAACUAUCCUAAUUAUUGUAAUAAUAAUAAUAAUAAUAAUAAUAAUAAUAGUAAUAUUAAUAAUGGUAUUCAUCAUAAUUCAUUAUUACAUAAUAUAUCAUUUAAUGAUACAUCACAGAAUUUAUUACAUACAGAUUAUAUUUUACAAAAAUAUCCAUAUGUAAUUACAGAUAAUGAAAAUACAAAUGAAAAUAAAAUAAUUAGUGAAUCAUUUAAUUUACCAUUAAGAUUAUUUAGUACGAAUUCGAAUACUACUAUUAAUACUACUAAUUUAUUGUAUGAUUCAUGUGGAUCACUUAAUGAAAAUCAUUCAAUGGUAGAUUAUUUAACUACAGAACAAUCAAUAAAUAAUAGUAAUAAUAAUUCAUUUUUAUUAUCUAAUUUAAAUUUUAAUCCAAGUCAUGUUAAUCUAAACUCAUCCACUGGUAUCACAUCACCAUUCCAUAAUAAUAAUAAUAUACCAGAUUUAUUAAAUUAUAAUCAACGACUAGAGGAUAUGUCGAACUUAUCAACAACACCUAUAACAUCAUUGAAUAAUCUUGAUUUAACUGAAAUAUCAACAUAUCAAGAUGAGAAUAUGACUAGAAACAAUUUAUUAAAUGAUCUAAAUUUAAUUUCAAAUUGUAUAGAAGAUCAAAUGACUAAUACAACUAGUAAUAAUAUAAAUUUAAAUGGAUAUAAUACUGAACAAUUAACGAUAAUGACAACAACAACACCCCCACCAACAACAACAAUAAUACCAACGGUAGAAACAAUGGAUACAUCAUUAAUUCCUAAUAUGUUUAUGCAUUCAAGAAAUAUGAACUCGAUCUCAGAAUGUAAUAAUAAUAUGAAUGAUAAUUUAUUUAUUUAUUCACAAUCACAUCAGUGAGAUGAGAAAAUAAAAAAUGAGAAAAAACACACACAUAUGCAGUUUUUCUCGUAGAUUGAGAAUAUAAACAAAUCACAUCGUAUGAAAUAAUACACUAAGAAAGAGAUUUACACAAAUUAUUUGCUCAUUUUUAAUCAGGUGAGUUAGGAUGGUGACUAUGAAGGGGGAAAUUUGCUUUCUAUUGUUUCGUAUAUUCGUUUUUUUCGAUGAUCCAAAAAAAACGACCGUGUACACAUAUAAUCUAUCGAUUACACAAUGUCUUUCUGAAGUGAAACUAUUUUCUAAGAUUUGUUUAUACAUUUAUAGAUGCAUAAGAAUAUAUAUAUAUAUACUGGUGAAGAGAAGGGUGGUGUGGUAUUAAAAGAAGAAUCAACUAAUUAACAGCACAUAUUCUUGUUUUUUUUUAAUUCGGUUAUCAGGGGGUUUCUAUGCUUCAUUGUCAAUUUGUAUUUGAAAAUCACUAAUAGAUAAUGUAUAUGAUUGUAUUUUCUAAAUUACACUAUUUAUACAAUUUAGUGAUAGAUUAAUUUCAAUUGACUAUCAUGAAAGAAUGAUCAAUUGAUUAAACGAACUGAAAUUCAUUGAUUUUGUAAAAUUCUAUUAUUAUUAUUCUCAUGAGUAAACAAUGAUUCUAAUAUGUACAUAGUAAAUAAAUAAUCAAUACAUUGUAAUAGACUAUUUAUUUCGAAUUAUUUCACAAUUUAUUAUCUUCUGUACAAGCAAUCAAAAUAGAACAUUGAAUUGAUUAUUCCAAUCAUUAUUAUAACGCUUGGAAACUUACAUUAUUAUUAUUAUUAUUAUUAUUAUUAUUAUUAUUAUUAUAUCAUUAUUACUAUCCAACGUUACAAAUUACUCUUAUCACAUUACCUAAUUCAUUACAAAUACAGUAAAUUAGCCAAUAAUUAAAUACUGUGUAAAUAAAUUAACGGUCACUUACUUUUUGUUUGUUUUCUUUGUUUUGUGUGUGUACGUUUGUGGUUUUCUUUUCCCUAACACUUUUACACACACUUUAUUUUGGCUUGUUCUAUUUUUAAUUGACUGAAAAUACUAAUACCAAACGAUUUCUAUCUGAUAUUAAUAUUGUGUUUGUUUUGUUUUGGUUCUUUUUUUCUUUUUACAAUUCAAUAUCUGUAUAUGGUUGGACAGUAGUUUCUUGGAUGAUACUAUGUAGUUGGAAGGUAUAGAUUUUAAUGUUAAGAAAUAACAAAUAUACGUAACAAUAUUGUUAUUUCCAUUCAGCUACUUACACAUUUUUUUUUCAUGGAAUAGGAUAGUGAAGUUAUUUACUUAGAGAUAUUCACGUCUAAAGAUUAAAAUCAUAUCUAAGUUAUUGACAAUCGAAUAGUAACAAUUACAUAUAUGAAAUAUGUAACAAUAUAUUUUAGUUAUUCUUCAAGUAUGGUGUAGAUAUUCUUGUAGAACGAUAGUAACUUGUUAAACUUUCUCUUGAAAAGUUUGUUGGUUAAUUAAUACUUCCAUCUACAGACAGAUGUAUUUAUGACAUAAAUCUGAAAACAGAAUGAUCAUUAAAUUGAAAUGAAUUAUCUAGAUAGACAGGGUUAUAAGGAUAUUAAUCAGAUUUUUCUUCUUCGGUGAUGUGAGUAUAAAUUAGAAGUGCUGAUAAGAUUCUAUUUAACAUACAUUGUAACAUCUCUCUGAAGUAAAUAUUUAGUUAUUCUCAUUAAACGGAAUGUUUAAUAAAAGUAGAAUCAGAAGGGCUUUUUUGUGGAUGUUGUAGUAAUUUCAAUGAUUAAGAUCAUGAGUGAGUUGAAGCUAGACC